ACGUAUUAGACAAAUAGUUGGGAUUGGUAUAUAAAGAGGUUCUUGCUCGCUGUAUGGGUACCUUGCAGCUCUAUCUAAAGCUUCUCUUGUCCGUCGAGAAAGAACGAAGUCAAAAAUCUCCAUCAUGUACAAGUUGGUUGUUUUAUUCGCUGCCCUGGCCAUCUGUUCCGCCACAGUUGUAGUGCCCAGUGCCUACCACUACCUGGCUCCCCACUCCGCAGCCAAGGUAACCAAGGUCGAAUGGGAACACAAGCCCAUCAGCUACGUCGUCCCUGCUGUGGCACCCGUAGCACCCCUGGUCACUUACAGCCAUGCUAAGACCCUCGUCCACCACGCCCCACUGCUCCACGCUCCCCCCGUCGUCCACCAUGCCCCUGCUCUGUUGCACGCCCCACUUGUGCACGCUCCAGUGGUGCAUGCCGCUCCUCUUCUCCACGCCCCUGCCGUUGUCAGCAGCCACACUUCUACCACCCUCUUGCACAAGAAGGCCUAAGGUGGAAGAGACGACGAUGAUGAUUGAGCAGCAAGCUAUCUUGGCGGAUGAGUCAAGAUUCAACUUACGCGCAUCAGAUCACACGGAAUGUUUUUCGGACUCGAUUAUGUGGUGAAGCGUUUGGUUCAUGUUAUUUACAACACACGAGUGAUUCGUCUGAAAUAAAACUUGACAAAAAUA